AAAAUACAACUACAAUCCACAUAUCGAAAUACGGUAGAAGAAAGAAAAAUGACUACUGAGAGUGAAAUUCCAAUUUUAGAUCUUCGAAGGAGUAGUGGAGUGAAUUUAGAAGAAGGAAGCGAUGGAAGAAAAGAAAUGGGCAACAAAGUGAGAGAAGCAUUUGAAACUCAUGGUUGCUUUCUCAUAAGGUGUGAUGAAAUCCCAAAAGAACUACGUGCGGGAUUGUUCGGAAACAUAAAAUCAUUGUUUGAUCUACCUGAGGAGACAAAGAAGAAGUUAUAUAAUCCAAAGCCUUACAGGGGCUACACUAGCAAGAGUCGUGUCAUUCCCCAUUCUGAAAGUUUUGGGAUUGAUAAUUCUCCUAAGGCAGAUACGACUCUUGAAGAAUUUACUAACCUCAUGUGGCCAGAAGGAAAUCCAACUUUUUGUGAGGAACUACGUUCCAUGACCUCAAAAGCACGAGAACUAAGCGUGCUUAUCCUGAAGAUGCUUGUGGAGAGUCUUGGCCUUCCAGAACAAUACAAAUUGGAUGUUGAAGAUCUAAAUAACUACAAUGAUACAAGAGUGACUAGAUAUCAACUUCCUCCAGACACCAAAGAAACUGAGAUUGCACUGACACUUCACACUGACAAAGGCACCUUAGCCCUCAUAUGCGAAAAUGAUGUCCAAGGUCUCCAAGUGUUAUCAAAAACAGGCAAUUAUGUUGAUGUAAAAAUUCCAUAUGAUGGUUUUGUGGUAAUUGUUGGUGACAUACUAAAGGCAUGGAGCAAUGGACGAUUUCAGGCAGCUCCACAUAGAGUGGUGACAAAGGGAGACAAAGAGAGAUUGGUAUUUGUGCUUUUUUCAGUGCCCAAACAAAAUAUGCUCAUUAAGGGGCCUUCUGAGUUUGUGGAUGAUGAUCAUCCUCUUCGUUAUCGAUCAUUCCAUUACGACGAAUUUGUGGAUUAUCAUUAUACAACAAGUACUGAAGAGUCGGUUCUUGAAAAAUUUGCUGGAAUUUGAUCCCUUAUUGUGUCACAUGCAAGGCAAUAAGUCCUUAUUAAUAAAACAGAGUAAUUGGUCUUCUUUGCAAUAGAUUACGAUCUAUCAAAUAUUAUGUAUUGCCUUAUUAUAUAAUGCAAAGUUAUUUAUGUUCUUGCGA